AUGGAGCAAAAAGAAGCUAUCGCCGCCGACAAAGCUGGUCAUCUCGUGUCCACUUUCGAACACUGUUUCCUUGACAUCCACACAACCUUUCAUCCUGCUGGCAUAAAGGGAGAGAUUGCAGGAAAGAGUUCAAAUGUGGCCUGCGCUGCCCGACGGAUCAUGGAGGUUCAUCGCACAGAGCUGAAGAUGGAUUGCUGCAAUGUUUUGGUGACGGUGAUGGACGAACAGCGGACACACACCUCUCUCGUGAUUAUUUCACUGAGAUUCUUCGCCUUCAUUACUUACAUCUGGAUGAGGCAGACCGCUCCAUUUACUGCUGUCCCUAUUCUAUUUGACCGCAACUCUCAUGAAGUACCGGCCCUAGUGCGAUGUGCCGAUCUGAUGUGGGGCUUCGCUGGACUGUCAACGAUGUACCCGGGGACGUGGAUUUCUAUUCCUACCUCAGUAUACUCCUUGCCUCUUUCUUUGGCCGAGAAAGUGGGUGGAUGGGACAGUGACCCCACAGCUAUCGGGGAAGACAUGCAUAUGCUGCUGAAAUGCUACUUCGAAACGGCGGGAAAUAUCAUUUCCCGCGUGGUUCAUUCCCCUGCCAGUCAGUGCAAUGUUUCCAGUGAUAGCCGACACGGUUGGCGGCGUACGGUCGAUACUUGCGCCGCACGAUAUCGCCAGGCGUUGCGACACAUGUGGGGAGCUUUAGAUACCGGCUUUGCGGCGCGACGCACGCUGGGAUAUCUUCGCUUCCAUCACCGAUGUUCGUUCCUGCAUCCCCGCCACUUCGCUCUGCUCUCCCUUCUCUGGGAGGCGCAUUUCCUUCCGGCUCACCUUACGAUCGUUAUGAUCUUUUCCGUGAUAUACAAACUUCUGACCCCGGUGGCUCAAAUACAUCCGACUUUAGCAUGGGCAUUCACUGUGACUGAGAUUUUGCGAGCCCUUUCUUUCAUCGGGAUGAACGGUUGUCUAUUUCUGUACGAGCAGUGGCAUAAAUUGCAUCUCGAUUCCCGCAUGGAGGACAUGAACGAGGCCAACAUUGGCGAUACUGGAUGUGCCCGUCGUCUCUGGUAUCGACCGCAAUUCCUCAUCGACCGGAUCUGCUUCCCCAUUUCGGGUACGGUAUUCGGUGCCGUGCCUACCCUUCAUGCUGUUCUCUCUCAUUUCUGGACUGACAGACUCGUCUACCGCGUCAGUAAGAAACCAGCAUUUUCGCUGGAGGCAGUAGGGUUGGCCUGA